AUGGCUCCCUUCCUCAGACCAUCUACCUGGACUUGGGCCCUGCUGGAAGGUGCUCUCUGGCUCUCUGUGCUCUGGGCACUGUUUUCUCCAGCCUGCUGUUCCCAUGACCCACCCAAAUGGCGCUUCUCUACCUCUGAAAUUGUCAUCCCCAGGAAGGUUCCCCAGAGAAUGGGUAAAAGUGAUAUGUCAGAGCACAUCGCCUACAGCAUGCGCUUUAGGGGACAAAGACACGUGGUCCACAUGAAACUCAAGAAGAAUAUGAUUCCUCAAAAUUUUCCUGUAUAUACCUCUAAUGACCAAGGAGCCCAGCAGGAGGAUUACCCAUUUGUUCCUCGGGAUUGUUACUUCUACAGCUACCUGGAAGGAGUCCCAGGGUCCCAAGCUACACUAGAUACCUGCACUGGAGGUCUGAAAGGAAUGAUACAGGUGGAUGACUCCACUUAUGAAAUGAAACCGUUGGCAUCUUCUUCAAAAUUUGAGCAUGUAAUUUCUCUGCUUGUGGUGGAUGAAAGGUCACGUAAGUCUAAAAAGUGUAGAAAUGAUGAGAUUAUGGCAGAGGCAAAUAUCCCCCCUGAAGAGACUCAGCUUGCUGGAAGUCCCAGAGCAGCUCCCGUGUAUCUGUGGCGUAUACAUUCAAAAACGAUAGGAAUACACUACACGGUGACUGACAGCUUUUACAUACGCACUGGGAGUAACGUAACUAUCUCGAUUGGGGCAACAUUGAUAAUAAACAGCAUAGCAGACAGCAUUUAUAGAGUAAGUGGAUUUUAUUGGCAUAUAAAUGCUAUAUGUAUUUGGACUAGCUAUCCCCAGUUCAACGUAUAUGAAUAUGAUAAUGAUAUUUGGGGUUUACUGGAACACUUCGGCCGUUGGAAAGCCAAUUUUUUUUGGCAAAUGCCCCACUCCACUUCAGCUAUUCUCUCAUCACAUAAAUUAGGAGAUGUAGAUUAUGCAGGCGUUCAAGGUAGUGUAUGUGUCCCCAGCUGGAGUGUAUUAUAUUCCCAUGUAGUAGGAGAAAACCAUUUCUUUAUGGGUUCAUCUUUAGUGGCUCACGCAAUGGGUCACGUUCUGGAUUUACAGCAUGAUGUAUCUGGCUGUGUUUGUUUCAGAAGGACUACUUGUGUCAUGAAUGAAUUUCCUACUCUUCAGGAUAUGCUAAGCAAUUGUUCCCAUAGUGAGUUGCUUACUCUGGUCAAUGACUGGGACCCUUGCUUGAGUAAAGAACAUAGUACAUAUACUAACUAUAAUUAUAAACUUCCUCGUUGUGGAAAUAAGAUAGUGGAUGAAGGUGAACAAUGUGACUGUGGUUCUUUAAAAGACUGUUUGUCUGAUAAGUGUUGUGAAACCUAUUGUGACUAUACUGAGGGCAGCAUUUGUGCUAAAGGAGGUUGCUGUGAAAAUUGUCAGUUUGCUCCCACUGGAACAAUAUGCAGAGACAAACUUGGUAUUUGUGAUCUUCCAGAAUUCUGUAAUGGAGUCUCAGAGCAAUGCCCAGCAAAUUUUUACAUCAUGGAUGGAACUCCUUGUUCUCCACUAGCAGUUUGCAUGUCAGGAAACUGUAGCGACCGUGAUUUGCAGUGUCAAGCUCUUUUUGGAUACCAAGUAAAGGAUGCUUCACCAGAUUGCUAUAAAAAAUUAAAUCGCAAAGGUGACCGGUUUGGAAACUGUGGGGUUGUACUGAGACGUGGAGGAAGGCAACCUGUCCCAUGUCAAAUUGAGGAUUAUUUAUGUGGACAGAUUCACUGUGAUGGUGUCAGUCAUAUUCCUGGUGGAGGUGAGCACACUACCUUUCAUCACAUAAAAGUACAAAGUUAUAAAGAAGAAAACUGCUUUGGGUAUGAUGCACACCAUGGGACAGACCUUCCAGACAUAAGCCUUGUAAUGGAUGGUGCAACCUGUGGCCCAGGGAAAUACUGCCACAAACAGAGAUGUGUUUUUCAUCAAACUUUGCAUUUUAAUUGCAACAUUGUUUCAUGUAACUUCAGAGGGGUGUGUAACAACAUUGGCAACUGUCACUGUGUCCAAGGGUGGCAACCACCAGAUUGUGCAGAAAAAGGAGCAGGUGGUAGUAUAGACAGCGGUCCUUCAGUUAGCAGUGAGGAAAGAUUUAAUGCCAAAAUACAUAUGAGUGUCAACAGGCUAAUAAUUCUUGUAGGUACUCGCAUGCUUCUUGUCAUUGCUUCGAUUAUUUCUGGUGCAAUUUCAAAAGCAGCAUUACGUCCACAAGUGCCCCCACGUCGCCCCCGUUAA